UCAUUUCCUCUUCUCAUCCUGUAGGUUCCUUGCUCUGCCUAGGUGGCUGCUGCUCCGGCUUGGGGCAGGAUGGCUUCCCCAGGGUCCCAGAAGCUGGAGGAGAAGCUGGUGUGUUCCAUCUGCCUGGAGCUGUUCAGGGAAGCUGUGACCAUCCCGUGCGGGCACAAUUUCUGCCAGAAGUGCAUCAGCAACCACUGGGACAAGCAGGAAAAGGAGGAUCCCCAGGGAGAGGAGAGGUUUACCUGCCCUGACUGCAGGAAGGGCUUCAAGACACGGCUGGAGCUCAAGAAGAACGUGUCGCUCUGCAGCGUGGUGGAGCUGGUCAAGGCGGGUGAGGUGCAGGCCUCCAGCACGGACGUGAAAGCCCCGGCUGACAGGGGGAAGUGCCCGCGGCAUGGGCGGCCCCUGGAGCUGUAUUGCCAGGAGGAGAAGGUGUGCAUCUGCUGUGUGUGCACCGUGAAGGAGUGCCUGGACCACCACAGGGUCCUUUUUGAGGAGGAGCGCAAGAAGAAGCAGGCCCUUUUAGAAGAGUUAUUGGAGAAGACACAACAGGAGGCAGCAAAGAUCGAGGAGGAGAAGCAUAAACUGGAGGAAACAACGGAAGACAUUAAGGAAUCUUCAGAAAAGCUGAAAUCAGGGUUUUUGAACAAGUUUGCCCUGAUAAUUGAAGCCCUGGAGAAGCAGCGGAGGCAGGCAGUGGAGAGGAUCGAACAGGAGCAAGCCACUGCCCUGGGGCAAGUAGCGGAGAACUGGGCCCAGCUGGAACACCAGCAGGCCACCCUCAGCCAGCACCAGGAGAAGGCCUGGGCCCUGCUGGCCUGCACAGAUGACAGGAUAUUCCUGGAGGACUUCUUGCAGCUCCCUUCUGAGACCCUGGAAGCUUUGCCAGCCAUCGAGUUUAAUGCUGCCAGCAAAGUGGAUCCCAUCUCUAAAAUCCUCACUGAGGUCUCUAGGCUGUUGUUGGAGGAUUUGCCCAAGUGCCUGAACCCAGAGGUCACUGGCCCAGAAACCAAAGAGCCAAUGGAGCCAAAGGUACCAGCUGUGUUGAAGGCAGGACCACCCCUUCUUGAGUGUGAAGUAAGAGCAGGACUGCUGAAGGAUCAUAGGGAUUUGACCUUUGACUCUGACACAGCCAACAGGCACCUGCAGCUGUCCAGUCACAACCAAAGAGCCAGUCACCCUCGUUCUCAUAAUGACCAGGGUCAGAAUCAUGAAAACAGGUUUGAGCUGUGGCAGGUGCUGUGCACCCAGGGCUAUGGCCAAGGCCACCACUACUGGGAAGUCAGGCUCUCCAGCCACUCCAUCGUUGUAGGGGUCACGUACAAGAGCAUCCAGAGGAAGAAGCAAGAUGGUGGCCACAAAUUCAACAUUGGAAAGGAUGGGUCUUCGUGGGGGCUGCAGAUCCGGGAAGAAUGCUACCUGGCAUGGCACAAUGGCCAGUCACUCAAGGUCAAAGAGCCCUUGUACAAGUGGAUUGGAGUCAGCUUGGACUGUGACAUCGGGUGUCUUUCAUUCUAUGGCAUUGGGGACAAAAUGAAGCUCCUUCACCGUUUCUACUGUGACUUCAGGGAGCCCCUCUACCCAGUCUUUUGGCUUUGCGAAGGCAGAACAGUCAUCCUUUACUAAAAGAACUGAGCUAGCAACUUGUAAGCUGAAUCCACGCUGUCACCAGUGCAUUUUUCCCCAUCUUGCAACUAGCUUCAUGGCUUUGCUUAGCAGACAUAGAAAUGGAUGGCAGCCUCCUCAUGCUACAGGCAGGCCUGGAGAGAGCACAGUGCUGCUAUUUCAACAGGGACAAGGCUGGCAGGUUGCAAUGACUUUAAUGAGAAGAGAGACCCUUCAAAACCAAAGCAGUGUAGCUGGAAUGCAGGUUGGUUGAUCUGCAUAUGCAAAUGAGCCAAGUGGCAGUAGACCUGCUCCCUUGUCUGUAACAAAGAUCUCUUUGUGGAAGAGAUGAAGCUGGAGGGAUUUAAAAGGUGACUGACAUGUGCCCAUGGUGAGAAGUCCCGUGUCCCUUUCCAGCCCAUUGUGCGAGCCGGGAGCAGUCCAUGGCCCUUUUUUCACGCCACGGGCUGUGGCCAGCAGCCCGGACACGCUGGGUCGGAGAAAGCAGGCGACACAGUAGAAUUAGGCACGGAUGCGUAAUGGUUGAUUCAAGAUUGUUUACUUAGACCGUAGAUGGUCGCGGUGUAGGCUGGACAGUUUCCCAGGUAAAGCUCCGCUUAAAUCCCUAUGUUAAGGACUUGGACAAAACUCUGACUCACACGAAGUUGUCGAGGCUCCGUGGUACUUUUGCGCGCAGGGAAAGGGUACAUCGAGGAUUGCGCUCGGUGACAGGGAGAGGCUAGAGGCUGAUCAGACCCCUGUUGCCUUCUUGAUAUUCACGCUGGGUCCAAUAGGCUUUGCAGCGCUUAGAGAUCUUCACGAGACAUGAAGUCUUCUCCUCUUGAUGUUCGUGGAGUCCUCCAACUUGGGCGGAAACCACUCAAGCCUCUUAUAUGGCUAGCAAGCCAAUCGCUAGCCACCACGUGGGAAUAAUUUAGAAACAACCAAUAGUGGGGGGUCGAAUUUAAAUACAAAUGGCGGGAACUCCUUGCAACGUGCAUUUCUAUGCUGCAAAGAAGAAAUGCACCCUGCAAAGAAAGCUUCAAAAGGCGGGAAAAUAAUUCAGCGGUGCCAAAGCACACAAAAACAAAAAUCACACCGUUGGGUUGUGACAUCCCCCCUUGCUGAAGGCGUAGCUGAAUUAUGCAACAUGCUCGUCAUUCGAGGAGUUAGGAGUUUUAUCACGAGUCGCUAACUCCACAAACAAGCACAAAAUUUACCAACACAAAUACACAUAAUCAGAUUUAUAACAAAAAAAUACACGAUCAGGGCUUCAGUGGGCGUUAUGGCGAAGUUCCGCGUCAAGCCCUCACUUCUCGAUGAAGUUAUCCUUCUUGGGGCUUCUCUUCGCCACGCACUCUGAACUUCGGAUCUGUAAACAAAACUCUCAAAAAAAAAUAGAUUAACAUAUCUCAACAUAUUUACAAAAUUUCCAUGGAACCAUACUAGUGUUUGCUAUUCUAAACUACCCUCUCUUGCACACUUAACUAGAUGAAAUCGUCGAGGAGCCGUCAUCUAACUCUUCUAGGUAACGGAAACCUAACUCAUAGGCCAGUUGCCAUUGGCCUGCGUCCCCUAAAAUCCGAAGUUGCUGCUUAUUGAGUCCAGAACGCUGUAGGAGAAAUCCAAACAUGUAUCGCUCUUCUGGUGUUCUCUGUGGCAAUGAUGGAAGAUUGGAUUCGUGAUGUUUUAUGCUUUGAAUUCCGGUCGGGUGUUGACGGUCCCGAUCACCGGAUAAUCUUGGCUCCAUCAGGAUACACAGUCAUGACAGCUGACGAAGGAGGGGCCAGUUAGUUAAGCUUAAACUCCAUGGACAUGAGUUCCAGCCAUGAGACUACAGCCUCGUCAGACUCCAUUUCAGAUUCUUUAUACAGCUGCUGUAACUCCGUCCAAGCACGAAUAUGACUGGUGGCGGCAUCUUGCUCAUCAAUCACUUGGUUGAUCAUGGCUGUAGGACAAGCUGUUUUUUCGGGAGUCAAUGUUGUUACAGGCUGAACUGCUGCUGCGGGAGUCACUGCUGCUGUUACUGCUUCAGGCAGGAGGGGCGGAUGCACUCUUCUGCUCGAUUCUCCCUUUCGUCGGCAAGAAGGCGUGGUCGUCAGAAGCGACGCUGCGUCGAUGGGCGGAGUUGCUGACCGAACUCUCGCGGGUUUCUCCGAAGCUCCACCCUUCUUUUCCGGUUCUUCCACGCGGUCUCCCUCUUGCUCGGCGCCAUCUUGUCGUGGCGUUUCAGGAUCCUUUUUCUCAGCCGCUUCUUUGACCGCCUGAACAGCCAUAUGCAGCUGGGCCUUUAAACUUAAAUUCUUGUUCAUUAAAUUAGUUAUCGUACUGAAAGUUGCAGUUAACACUCCCCUUGUACUGUGGGGCCACACUCUCAUCCGUGGGGCAUCCCUCCAUCUCCAGAUCUUCGCGGAGCUCAGAUGGAAGCUCACGACCCCUUAAUCUAGACGCCAGCAUGAAGGGGGUGAACCGGUCAAUCGGCACUGGUUCUUCACUCUCCCGAGCACAUCUUAGGCAACGGGCACACUCCUGGGUGAGGGUCGGGUUCACUGCGCCCGCCGGGUUGACUCUGGCGAGGGACACAGUGUCGAGGGGCCUGAACAGGACCCGCUCGUCACUCAUCAUACACCCGAAUGCCGCGGGGUGCAAAUACACUUCCCUCUCUCUUGGGGCUCCGUCUUCGGAAGUUCCCUCUUCUCCCUUCAGCGAAAGACGUCCGCUGAUACAUCUCUCACCCGUUCCACCCGCCUGGUGGUAAGUGAUAUGCGCCUCCAGCUCCAUAAAACUUUUCACUUGGCGUUUUUCACCGCGCGGAGGGCAGUUCUUAACUAAUUCCAGCUCCAGCGUGCUUUCUCCUGAUCCCAUCCUCGUCGCCAUGUGCGAGCCGGGAGCAGUCCGUGGCCCUUUUGUCACGCCACGGGCUGUGGCCAGCAGCCCAGACACGCUGGGUCAGAGAAAGCAGGCGACACGCUAGAAUUAGGCAUGGAUGCGUAAUGGUUGAUUCAAGAUUGUUUACUUACACCGUAGAUGGUCGCGGUGUAGGCUGGACAGUUUCCCAGGUAAAGCUCCGCUUAAAUCCCUAUGUUAAGGACUCGGACAAAACUCUGACUCACAUGGAGUUGUCGAGGCUCCGUGGAACUUUUUGCGCGCAGGGAAGAGGGAUACGUCGAGGAUUGCGCUCGGUGACAGGGAGAGGCUAGAGGCUGAUCAGACCCCUGUUGCCUUCUUGAUAUUCACGCUGGGUCCAAUAGGCUUUGCAGCGCUUAGAGAUCUUCACGAGACGUGAAGUCUCCUCCUCCUGAUGUUUGUGGAGUCCUCCAACUUGGGCGGAAACCACUCAAGCCUCUUAUAUGGCUAGCAAGCCGAUCGCUAGCUGCCACGUGGGACUAAUUUAGAAACAACCAAUACUGGGGGGUCGAAUUUAAAUACAAAUGGCGGGAACUCCUUGCAACAUGCAUUUCUAUGCUGCAAAGAAGAAAUGCACCCUGCAAAGAAAGCUUCAAACAGCGGGAAAAUAAUUCAGCGGUGCCAAAGCACACAAAAACAAAAAUCACACCCUUGGGUUGUGACACCCAUGUGGUGAAAUCAACACAAAUAAAAGGGCAGUUACUUGAGAGGCUCUACUGGAAUGGGGAGAGGAAGGGAAAAGGCAGAGCUUGGUGCCCAUUUCCUCUGCCUCCCAGAGCCCCGGACAGCCACCACCUGGCUUAGAUCUCGGGAUCUGUGGCUGUAAGGAGAUGCCGUGCAUAGAAGAGAUGCCCUUGGGAUAAGCUUUUCACGGCUGUGGUGCCAAGUUGGGAUGAGGAGGCUGCGUUACAGACCCGAACACUAAAUCAAGGUGGAUUCCACGUUGUCCAGCUUGCUGACACUCAGGAACGGCUCAGAGGAGGAAUUCCAGCCUGGCCUCUUUCUAACCUAGUGUGUUUUCCUCUCGUCCAAGGACUCCGAGCAUCCAGAGCACAGUAGAGGGCAUCUAUGGGAUGUAAACUCUACCUGUUUAUCAGCAGCCCCCUUCUGCAUUAAACUUCUGUUUUUUUA